UCUAUACUCCUGUAUACCACCCAAUGUUCCCCAGAUAAGAGCACCUAAAUGCUUUACAGGCUUUUUCCUACAGGAUGUUUACACUACAGCAAGAAUACCUUUACCUGCAGAGAACUGAACAGGUGAGAGUUGUUGUGAUGUAGCAUGGAGUAUUAGCUCUGUGAGAUAAGAGGAUUAGACGCUGCUCUGAGUUCACAGAAGCAGAUCAGACUGGGUCUCCCGCACCAUAUGGGUCUAACGGACAGCAAUGCUCACAUAGCAGAUACCAAAAUACAGAGCAGAACCAUGAUCCACAGCUCAGCUUCUGUUUAAACCCAGCGGAGGAACAUCACUAACUGACCUGAGGAUAAACCAACCCGCUGUCUCCUUCUGUAGGGCGUAAGGAAGCAGGUGAAUCAUGGCGGAGAUGGACGCUUCACCCCUGCAGCAUUUCGUGGUGGCGAAGAGGACGAUCAGUGCCGUGUUUGAUCAGCUGCUGGAGUUUGUUAAAGAAGGAUCAGAGUUCGUGGAGGAGACGUGGAGGAGUGAGGAUCUGGAGCAUGUGGCGGAGGAGGAGCAGUGUAUGGAGAUCCAGUCCUGCUCCAGGAAGCUGGAAGCUAUUUGGGAGGUUCUGGCCCGCAGACAGAUGAAGGUGGCGUUUUUCGGCAGGACCAGUAACGGGAAGAGCACAGUGAUUAACGCCAUGCUGAGGGAACGGGUGCUGCCCAGCGGAAUCGGCCACACCACCAACUGCUUCAUCAGUGUGGAGGGAACUGAUGGAGACCAAGCGUUCCUCACCACUGAGAACUCCGAGGAGAGGAAGAGUAUAAAGACGGUGAAUCAGCUGGCCCACGCUCUGCACAUGGACAGGAAUCUGGACUCCGGCUGUCUCGUGAGGGUUUUCUGGCCCAAGACCAAAUGCGCCCUGCUGAGGGACGACCUGGUGCUGAUGGACAGUCCAGGUACUGAUGUCACGUCUGAGUUGGACAGCUGGAUUGAUAAGUUCUGUCUGGACGCUGAUGUCUUUGUUUUGGUGGCGAACUCUGAAUCUACACUCAUGAAUACAGAAAAGCAUUUUUUCCAUAAAGUCAGUGAACGAAUCUCCAAACCCAACAUCUUCAUCCUGAACAAUCGCUGGGACGCGUCUGAGACCGAGCCCGAGUAUCUGGAUGGAGUGAGGAAGCAGCACAUGGACCGCUGUGUCAGUUUCCUGGUGGAUGAGCUGAAGGUGGUAUCUCCUGAUCAGGCGCCCAACCGGAUCUUCUUCGUAUCCGCCAAGGAGGCGCUGAGUGCCAGGAUCCACCGGGCCCAGGGCAUGCCGGAGACGGGAGCUGCUCUGGCUGACGGCUUCCAGGACAGACUGCAGGAGUUCCAGAGCUUCGAGAGAACGUUUGAGGAGUUUAUCUCUCACUCCUCAGUAAAGACUAAGUUUGAGCAGCACACGAUCCGAGCCUGGCAAAUCACAGAGUCCCUCAAGACCAUCAUGGACGCCAUCAACAUCACCUCCGCUGAGAAGAAGGUUCUGUCUCUGGAGGAUCGGGAAGCUCUCAUGGACCGUCUGGAUUUUGUGCGCAAUCAGAUUAACUUUCUGACGGAGGAAACCAAAGACAAGAUAAAGGUCAUCACGGAUGACAUCGCAGCCAAGGUAGCCAGUGCUCUGGUGGAGGAGAUCCAGGGCUUCUCUGUGAUCGUGGAUGAAUUCUGCUCUGAUUUUAGCCCAGCACCCAACGCCCUGACCCUGUACAAAACCAAGCUGAUUGCGUACGUUGAGGAGAGGAUGGUGAGGAACUUGGCCCGGCGAUGCUCCAGCAGCAUCAGUGGCUGUGUGCUAUCAUCUCAACGAGACUUCAUAAACAUCAUCAGUCCUCUGCUGCCCUCUGCUGCCCGGGGGCACCUGCACAUGCACGUCCCCAGCAGGAGGUUUGAGAUGGCGUAUGAACUGAACCUGGGCGCUCUGUGCUCAGACUUCCAGGAGGACAUCCAGUUCCAGUUCUCUCUGGGCUGGACGGCGCUGGUGAACCGGUUCCUGGGUCCGGCUAAAGCCAAGCAGGCUCUGAACAUGCUGGACAAGAACUUACGGGCCUCCACUCACCCGGCUCCUAUAGGAACCCCGGCUCAGGAGGAGCUAGCGGUCUCGAUGGCCACCGGACUCGCCUCGCUCACCUCCCGAGCCUCCAUGACUGCACUGGUGAUCGGUGGAGUGGUGUGGCGCUCAGUGGGCUGGAGGGUCAUCGUUCUCUCUGUGAGUCUCUAUGGGCUCCUGUAUUUAUACGAGAAGCUGACCUGGACUAACAGCUCCAGAGAGAAGGCCCUGAAGCAGCAGUUUGUGGAGUACGCCACCCAGAGGCUGCAGGCCAUCUCCCACAUCACCAGCAGCAACUGUGGCCUGCAGGUCCAGCAGGAGCUGGUGGGCGUAUUUGCCCGCAUGUGUCAGCAGGUGGAUAAGAGUGAAAUGGAGCUGGAGACGGAGAUCCGCAAACUCAACGCCAAGAUCCAGCGGCUGGAGAGCGUCCAGAGACACUCCAAAACUCUCAGGUACAAGGCCACGGAUUUGGAGUCUCAGCUGGAGUCUUUCUCAACACACUAUCUCAACACUCAUCAAUGGGACUGAUGUUUUAUAGAGACUAAACAGACUGUACCGCACUGAUACACAUUAUCUACAGUCUUUAGGAAGGACAUAGAACAUCAUAUAAUCACUGUUCAUCUUAAAAAUGGUGACUUUUCAGGAAAAGGCAAAAUGUCCUAUACUUUGAAUGGAAGUCAAUGUAAAUACGUUUAUUUCAUUAGUCAUUUUAGAGCACUUCCAUUGGUCUGUUUUAUUUAUACUAAAUUAUUUAUACAGUGUAUAGAUCAGCUAAAGGGUUUAAACAAUGGUAAGAAAAAAAAAGAACUAAAAAUGGAGAUGGAUUUCACCACUGUCUCAGAACCCCAAACUAAAAUGGUUUACCACAAUACAUUUUUCAUUACUGUUGUAUUUACCUGUUGCAUUUGUCUGCUUUUACUAUUUGUACUAUCUGUUUUUUGCCUGCUGGAACAAUGAAGUCCAUUUGCACGUCCUAAAAGCGCAGUUCUGCCCUCAGUUUCCCUGAUUACCGAUGCCACUUUUGAAGUUCCCAAGUUGACUGACAUGGCAAUCUACCAACCACAGUUAUUUCCUUUAGGGCCUUUUCCCAUUAGCACCACAAUGAUUUUACAUACAGCUCUGGAAAAUAUUAAGAGAGCACUUCAGUUUUUGAAUCAGUUUUUGCUAUUUAUAGGUUUAUGUUUAUUCUAUAAACUAAAGACAACAUUUCUCCCAAAUUCCAAAUAAAAAUAUUCUAAUUUAGAGGAUUUAUUUACAGAAAAUGAGAAAUGACUGAAAUAACAAAAAAAGACACAGAGCUUUUAGACCUCAAAUAAUGCAAGUUCAGAAAACAAGUUCAUAUUCAUAAAGUUUUAAGAGUUCAGAAAUCAAUAUUUGGUGGAAUAAACCUGGUGGUUUUUAAUCACAGAUUUUAUUCAUGCAUAACUUUAUGCUGCUUUACUCCUGGUGCAAAAAUUCAAGCAGUUCAGUUUGGUGGUUUGAUGGUUUGUGAUCAUCCAUCUUCCUCUUGAUUAUAUUCCAGAGGUUUUCAAUUUGGUAAAAUCAAAGAAACUCAUCAUUUUUAAGUGGUCUCUUAUUUUUUUUUCCAGAAUAUGUGAAAAUCAGUUUAACCUCACACACAAAUUCGUCCGGUAAGCAUUGUAAAAUAUCUUUAAUUUGUUCCUCUUUGCUAUUUUUAUUGUCGCUGGUAUGGUGGGACAGUGUUAGUCUGGAGUCCUGAAUGUUUUUCAUUGGAUAGCAAAAAUAUAGUCCAUUUUAAUUUUAGUUUAAUUUUAAAAUUAAAAACAUCAAAAUGUGAGCUUAAAAUCGCCACUCAAUUCACCAAUGCAGUUACCUGAUUAUUCAAGCAGUCUAGUUCACAAUAUUAGGCAGGUGGUUUUAAUGUUAUGGCGGAUUGGUUUGUACUGUUUGGUGCUUCCAUGUAUUAUUAAAUUUGCACUUUAAAUGUUUUGAAUGUGUUUAAUGAGAGAAGACUGCUAGUCAGUUUUUUGUGCAUGUGUAUGUGUGUCUGUCUGUGUUUCUGCACAAUAAAGCCUUUGAUAUAUUGAUAUAUUUUCACCUGUUCAUUUAUGUGCAUAUACUGUAAACACAUGCACAUACAGUAAUACAGUGUAUCAGCCUGCCCUCUAGCGGAGGCCACUGGAACAGUCUGAGGGUUUCUAUUAAAAGCUCAGGUUCACGUUUUUAAAGGUCACGCUUC